AUGAAACUAAUGAUUAUCAAUAAAACAUUUAGUUUUUUUCUGCUAGUUAUUAUAUCAGUCGAAGUUUACACUUUAAAACAAUCCCAAGAAGAAUUAAAUUUAGAUCAAUUAAUUGAAGUACUUAGUUAUGAUAAAAAAGAUCUACCAAUUGAAUUAACUGAAAAAACUAUUGCCAAUAAUCAACGUCAAGUUGGUAGUAGUAGAGCUAAAAUUUUAAUGCGUGGAGUUACUGAACAACAAUUAUUAGAUCUUGCUCAUUCAGCACGAGCAUUAUUUAUGAGUGAACCAGUUCUUGUGCAUAUUACUUCACCAUUGAUUAUUGUUGGUGAUUUACAUGGACAACAUACUGAUUUAUUACAAUAUUUUAAACGAUGUGGUAAACCACCAGAUCAAAAAUAUUUAUUUCUUGGCGAUUAUGUUGACCGUGGUAGACAAUCGUUGGAAACAAUUUCGCUUAUUUUGGCUUAUAAAUUAAAAUAUCCUGAUAAAUUAGCUGUUUUACGAGGAAAUCAUGAAUGUAGUCGUAUAAAUCGUAUCUACGGUUUCUAUGACGAAUGCAAACGUCGUUAUUCAACAAAAUUAUGGAAAGUUUUCACUGAUUGUUUUAAUUGUCUUCCUUUAGCCGCACUAGUUGACAAUAGUAUGUUUUGUGCACAUGGAGGAUUAUCACCAGAUUUAAAGAAAUUAGAACAGUUGAAUGAAAUACGACGCCCAACUGAAGUACCAGAUAUGGGUAUUAUUUGUGAUUUAUUAUGGUCAGAUCCUGAUGGAUCAUAUGCUGGUUGGAAAGAAAAUGAACGUGGUGUUUCCUAUACAUUCGGUGAAGAUGCUUUAAUUCGUUUCAUGAAUGAUUGUAACGUUAAGUUAGUGGUUAGAGCACAUCAAGUUGUUGAAGAUGGUUAUGAAUUUUUUGCUGAUAAAAAGGUUGUAACCGUAUUCAGUGCAGCAAAUUAUUGUGGUGAAUUUGAUAAUGCUGGUGCAGUUAUGCAAAUUAAUGAAGAUUCAGUCUGUUCAUUUGUGAUUUUAAAACCAUAUAUAACUAAAAAGAAAUCGACCUUAGAAGAAUCGGAAUCUACCGGAGACCUUGAAAAGAAAGAAGACUCCAAGGUAAAAGAGCAAGAGGAGUUGACAGAAUCAGUAACCAACAUACAGAAAUCAAAGUAA